AUGGAGGAUACAAUGGUUAGUAGUACAGUGAAUUUGAAUAGGAACGGUAAACAAUCGAGUAAAGAUGGAUGUGGCGCUGAUAUAACGACAAAGAAAUUUUUCAUGUGGACCUCGAGAGUCCGUUAUCGGAGCUUUUAUAUUGCCCAUAAGUGGGUUGAGCUUGCGACAACAUGCAGAUGCAAAGAUUUAAACAAAAGACAAAGCGCAUUGCAUAAUUUAGCUACUAAAUGUAAACAUACUCAACAUCAGACAAGGGGCAUUGUUGGAAAAUUUGAAGCUUGGGUAACUGACUCAUCAUUUUGA